UCUAAUUGGUUAGAGCCAGCAAAAGACCCUCCCAUUCCGUUGCUCUGUCUUUCUCGUGCUGCCCAGAAGGUUCGAGGCGGUUGUGACACACGCGCAGUCAAAAUGAUGGGCCGACCGGUACUCGUGCUGAGCCAGAAUAUGAAAAGGGAGUCUGGAAGAAAAGUCCAGACGGGGAACAUCAACGCAGCCAAGACGAUCGCUGAUGUCAUCAGGACAUGCCUUGGCCCCAGAGCCAUGAUGAAGAUGCUGCUGGACCCCAUGGGCGGGAUUGUGAUGACCAAUGACGGCAACGCUAUCCUGAGAGAGAUCCAGGUCCAGCACCCAGCGGCCAAGUCCAUGAUCGAGAUCAGCCGCACGCAGGACGAGGAAGUGGGGGACGGCACCACCUCUGUCAUCAUCCUGGCGGGUGAGAUGUUGUCUGUGGCGGAGCAGUUCCUGGAGCAGCAGAUGCACCCCACUGUGGUGAUCAGCGCCUACAGACAGGCCCUGGACGACAUGCUGAGUAUGCUGAAGGACAUCAGCACCCCUGUGGACACCACAGACCGGGAGAUGAUGCUGAAGAUCAUAAACUCGGCCAUCAACACCAAGGCGCUGAACCGCUGGGCAGACAUGGCCUGCAACAUCGCCCUGGACGCUGUCCGCACCGUCGAGCUCGAGGACAACGGCCGCAAGGAGAUCGACAUCAAGAAGUACGCCAAGGUGGAGAAGAUUCCCGGCGGCUUCAUCGAGGACUCGUGCGUGCUGAAGGGCGUGAUGGUGAAUAAGGACGUGACACACCCGCGCAUGCGGCGCCUCAUUAAGAACCCGCGCAUCAUGCUGCUGGACUGCUCCCUGGAGUACAAGAAGGGCGAGAGCCAGACGGACAUUGAGAUCACGCGUGAGGAAGACUUCGCCCGCAUCCUGCAGAUGGAGGAAGAGUACAUCCAGCAGAUCUGUGAGGACAUCAUCCGCCUGAAACCGGACCUGAUCUUCACCGAGAAGGGCAUCUCAGACCUGGCCCAGCACUACCUGGUGAAGGCCAACAUCACAGCCAUCCGCCGCAUCAGGAAGACCGACAACAACCGCAUUGCCAGGGCUUGUGGGGCGCGCAUAGCCAGCCGGACGGAUGAGCUGCGUGAGGAAGACGUGGGGACAGGAGCGGGGCUGUUUGAGGUGAAGAAGAUCGGGGACGAGUACUUCACCUUCAUCACCGAGUGCAAGGACCCCAAGGCCUGCACCAUCCUGCUGAGAGGCGCCAGCAAGGAGAUCCUGGCGGAGGUGGAGCGGAACCUGCAGGACGCCAUGCAGGUGUGCCGCAACGUGCUGCUGGACCCCAGCCUGUUGCCGGGCGGCGGGGCGGUGGAGAUGGCGGUGUCCCAGCGGCUGACGGAGCGCUCGCGGGCCCUCACCGGGGUGGAGCAGUGGCCCUACCGCGCCGUGGCCCAGGCCCUGGAGGUCAUCCCUCGCACCCUCAUCCAGAACUGCGGGGCCAGCACCAUCCGCGUGCUCACCGCCCUCCGGGCGAAGCACACCCAGGAGGGGAACCUGGCGUGGGGGGUGAACGGGGAGACGGGCACCCUGGAGGACAUGACUGAGCUGGGCAUCUUGGAGCCGCUGGCCGUCAAAGCACAGACCUACAAAACCGCUGUGGAGACGGCCAUUUUGCUGCUGCGCAUCGACGACAUCGUGUCCGGACACAAGAAGAAGGGAGAUAAGGGAGGAGAGGAACAGAUGGGAGGACCGGGUGCAGAGUAGAGCGAGGGAGAGGAGGAGGAGGAGGAGG